GCCCCCUAACCCUCUCCCUUACCCCUAGCAGACACUCUGCUCUUUCUUCUUGGCUAUAAACUCAGGCCAAUUGCAAUUGGGCAAAACAACACCUUGGCCAAGAAAACAUCUCUUCUUCUCAGGACACACUUCACUAACUCUCUGUCUUUGAAACUCUACGUUCUCUGCAUUUGAAGGUAAGAGAACCCAGUCCUUUAUUAUGCUCUAUUUAUUGCCAUGCCACGUGGGGGUCAUAGGAGGAACUUGACAAGAACGGUAAAAUACAAUGGAAAUUCCACUGGUCGACAUCAGUAGGGAAUGUUGUGAGGUAGCAUUGUGGAACUUGUCAUUGUCAGUAGAACUACUUGAUUUGACUUCCACAACAAAUUUGAGUACUAAAGUAUUUUUUUCAGUAUUCAUGAUUCUGUGUUUUCCUGAGCAGUGUCAUGUAUGUGGAUAUAUAUAUAUAUAUAUAUAUAUAUAUAUAUAUAUAUAUAUAUAUAUAUAUAUAUAUAUAUAUAUGAAUUGUUGGAACACUGGUCUGAUUAAGUCCAUUUAGAAAGGUCAAAGACAGACACAGUGUGAUAAGUAGUGAGCGCACAGGAUUAACUGCACCAACUGACAGCAAAUGCAGUGGCCACUGUCUCCUUUGUGUGACUGACACUGUAUUUAGGGACUUGCUCAGAACAGCAUGUUUUGUAGUUAAGUGUAAUGAUUGAUUCAUAUUUUUCAGUUCUGACUGUUUUGUAAUGUGAAUCAAACCCACCACUCAUCAUGGAACAUGAUCUCAUUCUUUGUCUGUAAAUGCAAAAGUCUCUGCAAAAGUCUCUGACAGAAAUGUCACAGUAUGUUUUCAACUAUGGAUCUGGAAUACACUAUAUUUUUAUAACUGAGAGAGUGUCUACUGGACACUAGUGUCCAAUGGAGUGCCUUUUACUUCAGUUGUUAGCCAGCGGAUCCAACCCACUUCCCUACAGCUGCACUAGGGUUGGACAGCAUUCCUGUGUAUAAUAAGACACCACGGAGCCAGGGUGAGAUAUGGCUUGGAAAACGUACUUCAAUCCAGGGAUGACAAAUGCGUUGUACUCUGAUUUUGUCCCAUUAUCCCAACUGUUACACCAAGAAGAUUGAAUGUUUUGAAGUAAACUGCCGUUUUCGUCCUCAUGCUAGCUAGCAGUAGCAACAGCAGCCAUUAUGGAAUGGCACGUCACGUUGAACAACGAAGGAGCUGAUUGGCUGAUACAGCCAUUCCAAAAUGGCUGCUGUGGCUUCUGCUACCGACCCUAUUGCAGCUGUAAGCAAGCGGGUUGGAUCUGCUGGCUACUUCAGUUGUUUGAGCAAGAAACCCCUUUUUUCACUUUGCCUAAUAAAUGCAAGAAUCAGUUGAUCCUACCAUUGGAGAACAUAAUUUAUAGCUGUUCCUCAAAUUGUAUUUACAUAAUCUGCAUAACAACCUCUCAAUCAGCCAAUGGAAAGCAAUACAAAAAUGGAAGGUUAUUACAUAAUAUGUAAUGUAUACACCCCUCGAAAAGAGGGGGUCGGAUGGUGUUUUAUUUGCUGUGCUCUGCUGUGCCAUAUACUUUCCCAUUUUUUCUUCAGGCACAUUUGUUUCUCUCACUCACUCAGCAACUCAGCCUUGGUAUCAUAUAAAUAGUUUAAUACUAGUUUCAGUAACAGAGGGAAGUUGCAAUGUCUAUCCACCAUUUCAAACUACCGUCACAUGGUGGUACAUAUUUGUGGUUCUUCUGUUGGACAAAACUAUGCAGGAUUGGUUGAUGGAACUCCCACUAUUAACUUUUUCUGCCCAUCACAGAUUAAGCUAUGUGUUUUCUGAUGGGUCAGUCAAUAAUCCAUCAUAUAAGAAACCUAGCUAGUUUUUUAGCUAAAUCUUAAAACAUACAUUUGAUCAGAAAUACCACUCUAAUUUUAGACCUUUUUUAACCUGAGAUCAUCCUUCUUCACUCAGAGAGGAUUUCCUGUCUGUAUUGGUUGCCGACCACUAUGGCUGGAAAAGCACUCAACUUCCUAAAACAUCCAACAUAAACAUCAGAAAAAUACUACAUUUCAAUGAAAGAGCAUUGCAAUGUAGAUCAUGCGUUCAGAAAUAGAUAAUGUGUGUGUGUGCGUGCGUUUGUGUGCAUGGGUCACCAGUGCAUGUAUCUGUGUGUUUGUUUGUAGUAGUGGUGGUGGUUGGGUGUUGAUUUUUUUUAGAGACAUUUUGUGUUGGUGUGAAGUGAGAACAGAGUAGAAAGACAUAUUCUGGAGUUUGAUUCAUAAGACGCAAUGCAAGUAUGGGCUUGCCCGACCCUUCUUGCCAGGGGCUCUUAAUGUAUUGGAAUUAAGAUUUUAGCCGAAGAGGGAGCGACUUAGCCAGGAGAAAAAUCACACAUGUAACGUAGCAAUGUAGAAAUGUGAAAAGGAAGAGAGACAGAGAAAGGAAUGUUGGUGGAAUGGGUGUGGGAACUGCAGACAGACCCCCCCCCCAUCGCACUCCCCCCACCACAUACACACACACAGACUUUAAAUAUUUGGAAAAUAAAUAGUGAAGUGGUAUUACUUCAUAAACUGUCACUGAAAACUCCCACUCUCCCUUUAUCUCCUCUUCUCUUUAUCUCUUGCUACACUCACUCUUUCCAAAAGGUUUUAACUGGGCUUUAACUGGGUGCUGAGAAGGUUAAGUAAAUAAUAUAUCAACGGGCGGACUGACUGACUGACUCACUAGAGGAUAGAUUGUUACCUGAAUCGGAUCUUAGUACAUUAGAGGAAGAUACUUCAGUGAACAAUCUACUGUUUUUAAAAGGGGUAAGUUGUUUAUAAACAGCUGCAUGAUAUAGAUUAAUAGCUACAUUAAAUGCAUUAGCAUAACCAGUUUUCUCAGGGGAGGUGUGUGUAGGGAUUUUUUGAUUUAUUAGGAUCCCUAUUAGCCGACGCCAUUGGCGACAGCUAGUCUAAAGUACAUGACCUCUUCUGGUCUGUCUAUCAGUUCAGAAUGAAAAAAUGUGUUGGGAGGUUUAGUAGAUUCCUUAAAGGCCCAGUGAAGUCAAAAACUAGAUUUUCCUGUUUUAUAUAUAUUUCCACACUGAGGUUGGAAUAAUACUGUGAAAUUGUGAAAAUGAUGAUAAUGAUCUUUUAGUGUAAGAGCUGUUUGAAAAGACAGCCUGAAAUCUCAGCCUGUUUUUGUGGGAUGGAGUUUUGGCCUGCCUACUUAAUAGACCAAUAAGAAAGAGAGUUCCAAACCUCUCUGCCAAUAACAGCCAGUUUUCAGUUUACCCCUCCCCACUCAGACCACUCCCAGACAGUCCUAGCAAAAUUCUGUUGGGUAUCAUUGAUAUAGAAACUAGAGUUGCCCCAUGGAGCAGAAUUGAGGUACAAUUUACACAUAUCAAAGGGUAACUCUUUAUUUGGAUAGUCUAUUUGUAGAUGCUCUACAGACUAUCAGUAACAUUUCAACUAACUAUCUACUAAACCUAACCUUAACCCUAACCGUAACUCUUACCCUUACCCUUAUUCUAAACCUAUCCCUAACCGUAACCUUAACAGGUUGCUUAUCAACAGUUGCUUAUCAACAGAUAGUUUGUUGAUAGUAUGACCAUCUGUAGAGCAUCUACAGAUGGACUAUCCGGACUAUCCAAAUAAAGUGUGACCUAUCAAAGUACUGAGUAUGGGUCAUCAGAAGUCACAUUCUGACAAAUCAUCCAAUCAUGUCCAAUCAUCAUGUGUCUCUCAGAAAAAGUAUAAUACGUGUUAGGGUAUGUAGGGAACCCGCUACCUGAGUCACGUUUGAAAGUGCAUGAUGUGUCAUGUGAUGUCAGAGUGCAUCAAACCUUAUCAAACUCGCAUUUGACAUGAUAGGUUACAAGGCUGAGGUCUCUAGCAACUGGUGGGGAGUUGCAGCUGGUAAAAACCUGGACUUACUCCAAACUGCAUCUUUGGAGCCAGUGAGCCACGUAUCCAUCCCAGGGUUUAAGAAAACUCCUGGCAUGCAUUUAAAUGUGAAUUCCAACAUCCCACAUCACUUGUACUAUAAAACACAUCUUUCCUCUAGAGGGUCAUUGGGUUCAGCAGUGCAACACAGCAGUAAUGUUUUCUAUGGAAAGGUCAAACAGAAAAGCAUACUUUCAAAAGCAGUAACUAUGAUGUAUGGCUGCUUUUAUCCAAUAUAUUGUAUAUUGGUUGUACUUUCAUGCCAUAAUAAAAUAGACCAAAAUGUUGUGUGGGGGUAGCAAAGAACAUUAGUUAUGGGUUAAGCAUAGGCCUACAUGUUGAAAGUUGAGAUAUACUUGGAUGUUUUCUUUGGCUAGUCAGUCCAUGUUUUUGAAUGAAAAGACUGUAAUACAGCACACUGAGAACAAAAGUAGCCUAGCUAUAAGAUUAGAAAAUACAGCAUUGCCUUGGCAGUGGACCAACACAACUGACAAGGCUUGAUAAAGGGCCACAUGCCUUAUCCUGUUGUAUACAGGGCCUUCAGAAAGUAUUCACACCCCUUGACUUUUUCCACAUUUUGUUAUGUUACAAAGUGGGAUUAAAAAGGAUUGAAUUGUCUUUUUUGUUGUUGUCAAUGAUCUACACAAAAUACUCUGUAACGUCAAAGUGGAAGACAUUUUUAUUUAUUUAUUUGUUAUUAAUGGAAAAUAAAACACAAAUAUAUUUUGAUUAGAAAAGUAUACAACCCCCCGAGUCAAUACAUGUUAGAAUCCCCUUUGACAGCGAUUACAGCUGUGAGUCUUUCUGGGUAAGUCUCUUAGAUCUUGGCAAAUUUGGAUUGUCUAAUAUUUGCCCAUUAUUCUUUAAAGAAUUAUUAAAGCUCUAUCAAGUUGGUUGUUGAACCAGCUUUUCCUCUAGGACUUUGCCUGUGCUUAGCUCUAUUCUUUUUAUUUUUAUCCUAAAAAACUCCCUAUUCCUUGCCGAUGACAAGCAAGCCCAUAACAUGAUGCAGCCACCACGAUACUUGAAAAUAUGAAUGAUGUGAUGUGUUGUGUUGGAUUUGCCCCAAACAUAAUGCUUUGUAUUCAGACAAAAAGUAAAUUUCUUUGCCACAUUUUUAGCAGUAUUACUUUAGUGCCUUAUUGCAAACAGGAUGCAUGUUUUGGAAUAUUUUUUGUAUGUACUGGCUUCCUUCUUUUCACUCUGUCAUUUAGGUUAGUAUUGUAGAGUAACUGCAAUGUUGUUGAUCCAUCCUCAGUUUUCUCCUAUUACAGCUAUUUAACUCUGUAACUGGUUUAAAAUCCCCACUGGCCUCAUGAUGAAAUCGCUGAGCGGUUUCCUUCCUUUCUCACAACUGAGUUAGGAAGGACGCCUGUAUCUUUGUAGUGACUGGGUGUAUUGAUACACCAUCCAAAGUGUAAUUUAUAACUUCACCAUGCUCAAAGGGAUAUUCAAUGUCUGCUUAAAAAAAAAAACGCAUCUACCAAUAGUUGCCCUUCUUUGCGAGGCAUUGGAAAACCUCCCUGGUCUUUGUUGUUGAAUUUGUGCUUGAAAUUCACUGCUCGACUGAGGGACCUUACAGAUAAUUGUAUGUGUGGGGUAAAGAGAUGGGGUAGUUAUUCAAAAACAAUAUUAAACACCAUUAUUGCACACAGAGUUAGUCCAUGCAACUUAUUAUGUGACUUGUUAAGCACAUUUUUACUCCUGAAGUUAUUUAGGCUUGCCAUAACAAAGGGGUCGAAUACUUAUUGACUCAAGACAUUUCAGCUUUUCAUUUUUUAUUAAUUUGUAAAAAGAAAUAAAAACAUAAUUCCACUCUGACAUUAUGGGGUAUUUUGUGUAGAUGAGUGACACAACAUCUACAUGUAAACCAUUUUAAAUUCAGGCUGUAACACAACAAAAUGUGGAAAAAGUCAAGGGGUGUGAAUACCUUCUGAAGGCACUGUAACUAUUGUGUCAGUGUAUCAGAAGGCAUUAUGUAAGCAGCCUCAUAUGACUCUAUUUGCAGCCUCGUAUGACUAUUUGUUCAGCAAAUAAUUACAUUUCUUGUUUGCCAGUUUCAUCUGUAAUGACGUCAAAUCACAGCUGGCACACCAGUUGGCAUAGGGCUGGUAUGUAUCUUACCCUUUAGUAACACUGCAGUGGAGAUGGACAAGAGUGAAAUGCUAAACCAAUACCAGGGAUCCCUUAAAAAAGAGAUUCAUAUCUCAAUGGCACUCACCUGUAUACAUAUAUAUUUUUUUUGUUGUCAUUUAGCAGAUGCUCUUAUCCAGAGUGACUUACAGUUAAGUGAGUGCAUACAUUUUUCAUACUGCCCCCCUGUGGGAAUCGAACCCACAACCCUGGCGUUGCAAGCGCCAUGCUCUACCAACUGAGCUACACGGGACAUAAAAUAUUUAAAAAUAACAGUGUACAACAAAGUCUGUGUUCACAACGAAGUAUGUGAUGGAAACACAGUGUUUAUAUCAGAUUUACAUCCCUUUUCGGGGAAACAUGAGUUGAUUGAAACAAAAAAAGAACUGGCACUAACAUUCUGUACUUCAUUUUGUAAUGGAGGAAAGGAUUACAUCAAUUAUGAGUUGUCUGCAGAAAGUCUUCAAGGUAGAUCUGCCAAGUAAACCAAACCCUUCUGAAAGAGUAAUGGUAACAGCCGACUUUUCCAAAUCCUGGUGUGUCAGAAACAUUGAGCAAGGUGAUUUGAUAUCAGCUGUUUACAGUAUGGUUGUCCUAAUUCAAAUGCUAUUGACAGGACUUCAAUUGGAAGGACUUCUAUUGGAAGGAAUUCUAUUGGAAGGAAUCCAAAAGUAGUCAGGAGUCUCAUUACUGGCAAUGCAACCAGAGGCAUCAAAUGAAAUGACACACGCAGGGAGAGAGUGGUGCUAUGGAUUCCUUUGGUGGGAAGCAGACAUGUGGUCCCAUAGUGACAGACACCUUGACAACUCCCACAGUUACCCUAGAGUCUAGGCUACACUUUGCGACGUGCAAAUUCCCCAAACCGCUUUCAAUGUAUGUAAAACCUGACUGUUUACAUUGUUUAGUCUACCAUCUGGAAUGACAUCCAAAAGAUAAGUUGUUCAUUUAUCUAAUGUUUAUCUUUUUAUCUUUGUUUCAGAUUGGAACUUUAGCCUCCUCGUGAAUCCUUCAAUGUGUUCCUCCAGUCAGUGAAGAACCAUCAGUCACACCCAGCCCUCUUUGUAUCAGCCAAAACAAUAUGGAACUCCAAAAGCUAUCAAAUGGUCAACACCAUGGCUUUGUCCCUUUGGAAGAUGGGUAUGUGUCCUCUUUGACUGCAUUAAUUGCUACCUGGCAUGCAAGAUAAUAUCAUUCUGCCAGUUGUGUGCAUGAUAGUAUUUUGAUUUCAAAAAGGCCACCAAGAUUCCACAAAUUCCAAGGAUAUUUGUGUUUGUUUUCUGACAAACAAGACUAUUAACACCUUAUAUUUGUCACUGUUUGUGUAGAUAAAUUGUCUACAGUCUAGUUUGACAUGGUCUUGUGAUGUCAGUCUAUUUCUGGGUUUAGCUGUCAACUAAUGCAAAUUCAACGUGAAAGCAACAAAGCAUUUCACCAUGACAUUGGAUUUAGGUUAAAAGUUGGGAGAAAAAAAGACGAUGUUUUCCACAUUGAUUCAACGUCAUCACAUUGAUUUAUUUUAUUGAAAUGACGUGGAAACAAUGUUGAUUCAACUAGUUUUUGCACAGUGGGGAGCCACUAACAACCAUGGUGUGACAAUCUUGUGGCAAGGCGAAAUGAAAACACAGUUUUAUUUUUAUUGCACAGAAUUUUAUUGCUAUGUUUGUUUGGCUAUUUUGAGCAGAUUAAACAAGUUAAAUGAAAUCCACUGUCAUUAUGGUUUUGCAGAGAAGGUAUCUUAUUUGUGUUGAAAACCUGGAAAAAUACCUGUGAAAACAUGCUAUUUGUAAACACUAGUUUACCUCAGAUGUAUUUUAAACAUUUAAAUGGAUACAGUACUCUUUCAUGGAUAGCAUUUUCAAGCACCCAAUGGAUUAUAAUUAUACUUUGCUUGGCUAAAGUUGGACAUUGAUGAAAUUGGGUGUUGUUUAACCUUACAGUUUUUCUAUUUCCUUGGUUUGAUUGACUUCAUAGUAUCCCGCAGGCGGAAGAGGAAGAGGAGAUGUUACCACAUAAGAGUGAUGGGACCAAGAAGCCCCAGUUUACAGAUGUGAGUAUGAAGAACUAUGGCAACAGCUUUGGAGCCGGCAGUCAUCCUUUUUAUGCUGAGAUGUCAUGAAAUGUCAUUAUGAGGAGUUAUAACAAUGGACAUUCAUGUCUUUGUGUCAUUGGCAGUUUGAGGGGAAAACCUCUUUCGGAAUGUCCGUCUUUAACCUCAGUAACGCCAUCAUGGGGAGUGGAAUUCUGGGAUUGUCGUACGCCAUGUCAAACACAGGCAUCGUUCUCUUUAUGUGAGUACAGCAACACAUUGUGUCCCUAUGUGAUUCUUUGAAGUGACAACAGACUAAUUAGUACACACACACCCCCACCAAGUUAAAUAUUACACAGCUCUUGGCAGGACAAGAUUUGGGGGGAAGGAUUAUUUGUGUCGUGUUUUUUGUUGUUGUCAAAAGGUUACAGAUCCUCCCAAUAUUUGAUACACACUGUUACUGCACAACACAUAGCAACAAUGUUACCAAAACAGUACAGUGGAAUGCUGACAAAAAUUAUAUGAAAAAGUAGUAAAUCUAAUGUUUGACAUUUACAGUCCUCGAAUGGUUAAAAGAACAGUGGCGAAGAGUGGUGUGCGUUGGUGUGUCCAUAUGUAAUUUUUAUGGGGAGAUUUGAGACACGUGGGUGUCAGAUUUCAGGAGUUAAAUAUAGCAGAGUUAGCUGAUGAAUCAUAGCUUGGGUGUGAGCACACCACAGAUAUGGCUCCCUAGCAUGCUUUGCACUUUGGGUUGCUCACAUUCACGCCAGGUCCAGUCAGGAGUCAAGACUUGUUUAAAUGUUUAUGAAUAAAUAAUUUGAGCAUUGUCCCAAUCAAUUUGCUGUCACAGGAGGGCAGUCUAUUCUUGUAGUGUUUACUUCGUUUGUUUGAUGAAUCUGUGAAGUGGUGGGCUGACCAUGGGAUUCAUUAUUUCAACAUUGGUUUACCUUUCCAAAAUACUCUAAGUCAGUUGUUUGUGCUCUGCAGAAUCCUGUUGACAUGUAUUGCCUGUCUGUCCAGCUACUCAGUUCACCUCCUGCUUAAGAGUGCUGGAGUUGUGGGUGAGUAUGUGUUACUUAGGACUAAACCUAGGAAUCAAAGACAAAUUAGAAGCUGAAUCACAAAGUUUAACAAGAUGAGAAAAGUGAACAGACUUUUCUGUCAACAAACUUUCCCUUUCCCAUUUGGACCAUUGAAAAACCUGUGAUUUUACCCCUCCACAAAUGCCUGACAGAAAUGCCUAGCUUAAAAAAAAAAAGACAAACCUGAAGUAGGGAUCCACCAUAUGAACCAAGCUGCCUGUAAAUUAGUCAUUGUGGGUUCGAUUCCCGCUGGGGUCACAUAUACAAAAAUGUAUGCACUCACUGUUGUAAGUUGCUUUAGAUAAAAGUGUCAUCUAAUGUCCUUGCAUAUAGAUCCUGUCCCAUGUCUACUCUUUAACAGACUAAUGUCUUGUUUGUCUGUUCAGGUAUUCGUGCCUAUGAACAGCUGGGCUUCCGGGCUUUUGGACACCCAGGAAAAAUAGCAGCGGGUGUCAUUAUAACCUUUCACAACAUUGGUGGUAAGUACCUAGGAGGAGGAAUUGGGUCAUUGAGUUUGAUUGAACAAAAACAUUUUGCCCCUCUAAGAUUUUGAAUUUUAAGCCCCUUAAGGUAUAAAACAUAUAUAUACAGUGAGGGAAAAAAGUAUUUGAUCCCCUGCUGAUUUUGUACGUUUGCCCACUGACAAAGACAUGAUCAGUCUAUAAUUUUAAUGGUAGGUUUAUUUGAACAGUGAGAGACAUAAUAACAACAAAACAAUCCAGAAAAAUGCAUGUAAAAAAUGUUAUAAAUUGAUUUGCAUUUUAAUGAGGGAAAUAAGUAUUUGACCCCUCUGCAAAACAUGACUUAGUACUUGGUGGCAAAACCCUUGUUGGCAAUCACAGAGGUCAGACGUUUCUUGUAGUUGGCCACCAGGUUUGCACACAUCUCAGGAGGGAUUUUGUUCCACUCCUCUUUGCAGAUCUUCUCCAAGUCAUUAAGGUUUUGAGGCUGACGUUUGGCAACUCGAACCUUCAGCUCCCUCCACAGAUUUUCUAUGGGAUUAAGGUCUGGAGACUGGCUAGGCCACACCAGGACCUUCAUGUGCUUCUUCUUGAGCCACUCCUUUGUUGCUUGGCCGUGUGUUUUGGGUCAUUGUCAUGCUGGAAUACCCAUCCACUACCCAUUUUAAAUGCCCUUUCUGAGGGAAGGAGGUUCUCACCCAAGAUUUGACGGUACAUGGCCCCGUCCAUCGUCCCUUUGAUGCGGUGAAGUUGUCCUGUCCCCUUAGCAGAAAAACCCCCCCAAAGCAUAAUGUUUCCACCUCCAUGUUUGAUGGUGGGGAUGGUGUUCUUGGGGUCAUAGGCAGCAUUCCUCCUCCUUCAAACACGGCGAGUUGAGUUGAUGCCAAAGAGCUCGAUUUGGGUCUCAUCUGGCCACAACACUUUCACCCAGUUCUCCUCUGAAUCAUUCAGAUGUUCAUUGGCAAACUUCAGACGGCCCUGUAUAUGUGUUUUCUUGAGCAGGGGGACCUUGCUGGCGCUGCAGGAUUUCAGUCCUUCACGGCGUAGUGUGUUACCAAUUGAUUUCUUGGUGACUAUGGUCCCAGCUGCCUUGAGAUCUUUGACAAGAUCCUCCCGUGUAGUUCUGGGCUGAUUCCUCACCGUUCUCAUGAUCAUAGCAACUCCAUAAGGUGAGAUCUUGCAUGGAGCCCCAGGCCGAGGGUGAUCGACAGUUAUUUUGUGUUUCUUCCAUUGUUGUCACCUUCUCACCAAGCUGCUUGGCGAUGGUCUUAUAGCCCAUUCCAGCCUUGUGUAGGUCUACAAUCUUGUCCCUGACAUCCUUGGAGAGCUCUUUGGUCUUGGCCAUGGUGGAUAGUUUGGAAUCUGAUUGAUUGAUUGCUUCUGUGGACAGGUGUCUUUUAUACAGGUAACAAGCUGAGAUUAGGAGCAUUCCCUUUAAGAGUGUGCUCCUAAUCUCAGCUCGUUACCUGUAUAAAAGACACCUGGGAGCCAGAAAUCUUUCUGAUUGAGAGGGGGUCAAAUACUUAUUUCCCUCAUUAAAAUGCAAAUCAAUUUAUAACAUUUUUGACAUGCGUUUUUCUGGAUUUUGUUGUUGUUAUUCUGUCUCUCACUGUUCAAAUAAACCUACCAUUAAAAUUAUAGACUGAUCAUUUCUUUGUCAGUGGGCAAACGUACAAAAUCAGCAGGGGAUCAAAUACCUUUUUCCCUCACUGUAUAUCCAUCUACUAGCACUAACACAUAGUAUCUGUUUUGAAGAGGCCCCGUGUAGCUCAGUUGGUAGAGCAUGGCUCUUGCAACGCCAGGGUUGUGGGUUUGAUUCCCACGGGGGGCCAGUAUGAAAAAAAUAAAAUGUAUGCACUAACUGUAAAGUUGCUCUGGAUAAGAGCGUCUGCUAAAUGACUAAAAUGUAAAUGUAAGAGAACCACAUGGUCACAUACAAAUGCACUCAUGGCUUCACUGCACUCAUGGAUUUCAUGGCUCAUAAAAGUUUUAGUGGUUCAUGACAGAAAGUUUUCCUCCAAUGUUGUUGUGAUAUUGCUAAGCAUUUUUAGGCAAACUAAAAUACAGGUAAAAUGGACAGUGUGUGUCUGUGUUUUCUUAUGAUAAUAGAAGUUAACAACUCUGAAAUAUGUUUAAUCCCCUCCAGCAAUGUCCAGUUACCUAUUCAUUGUGAAGUAUGAGUUGCCUCUGGUCAUUCAAGCCUUCCUGGGCUUGUCAUCAAACACUGGGUAAGUGGAGCAGCACCUUUCCACGUCUCAGUGUAGCAAACUAACAUGAGGAGUAUUGUCUUCGGCACACCUACUGAUGUAUGUUUAAGGCCAGGAGUUUUUCUUGACAACGCUACUUGUCCAGGAAACACUCUGGGCCCUAGUAAGGGGAGUAACAUGCUACACGCUAACUGUUAAAAUCCCCAUAAGCCCAGAUCACUCCUCCCUGAUUGAUCUCUGCAACCAAUCAGAGCUAACCUCCUGUAGUUAGGACUGGACUUUCAACCCCAUCCAAUCUUUAUUAUCUGUCCAUUGUACCAUCCUCAUUCCUCUUCAUUGCCAUCCCAAACUAGUCAACCCUCCCAAUAUUUGGUGCUAAAACCCAGGAUAAGGAUAAUGCAUUAUACAGUGCAUUCAGAAAGUAUUCAGACCCCUUGACUUUUCCCACAUUUUUUUUACGUUACAGCCUUAUUUAAAAUGGAUUACAUUGUUUUUUCCCCUCACACAAUACCCCACAAUGACAAAGCAAAAACAGGUUAUUCUAAAUUUUUGCAAAUGUAUUAAAAAUAAAACACUGAAAUAUCACAUUUACAUAAGUAUUCAUACCCUUUACUCAGUACUUUGUUUAUUUGUUUAUUUUAUUUUUUAUUUAUUUAUUUUUAGUCAUUUAGCAGACACUCUUAUCCAGAGCGACUUACAGUUAGUGCAUACAUUUAUUUUAUUUUUUUCAUACUGGCCCCCGUGGGAAACGAACCCACAACCCUGGCGUUGCAAACGCCAUGCUCUACCAACUGAGCUACAUCCCUGCUGGCCAUUCCCUCCCCUACCCUGGACGACGCUGGGCCAAUUGUGCGCCGCCCCAUGGGUCUCCCGGUCGCGGCCGGCUACGACAGAGCCUGGAUUCGAACCAGGAUCUCUAGUGGCACAGCUAGCACUGCGAUGCAGUGCCUUGAAGCACCUUUGGCAGUGAUUACAGUCUUCUUGGGUAUGACGCUACAAGCUUGGCACAUCUGUAUUUGGGGAGUUUCUCCCAUCCUUCUCUGCAGAUCUUCUCAAGCUCUAUCAGGUUGGAUGGGGAGCGUCACUGUACAGCUAUUUUCAGGUCUCUCCAGAGAUGUACGAUCGGGUUCAAGUCUGGGCUCUGGCUGGGCCACUCAAGGACAUCCAGAGACUUGUCCUGAAGCCACUCCUGCGUUGUCUUGGCUGUGUGCUUAGGGUUAUUGUCCUGUUGGAAGGUGAGCCCCAGUCUGAGGUCCUGAGCGCUCUGGAGCAGGUUUUCAUCAAGGGUCUCUGUGUACUUUGCUCCGUUCAUCUUUCCCUCGAUCCUGACUAGUCUCCCAGUCCCUGCCACUGAAAAACAUCCCCACAGCAUGAUGCUGCCACCACCAUGCUUCACCGUAGGGAUGGUGCCAGGUUUCCUCCAGAUGUGACGCUUGGCAUUCAGGCCAAAGAGUUCAAUCCAGAGAAUCUUUUCUCAUGGUCUGAGAGUCCUUUAUGUGCCUUUUGGCAAACUCCAAGCGGGCUGUCAUGUGCCUUUUACUGAGGAGUGGCUUCUGUCUGGCCACUCUACCAUAAAGGCCUGAUUGGUGGAGUGCUACAGAGAUGGUUGUCCUUCUGGAAGGUUCUCCCAUCUCCACAAAGGAACUCUGGAGCUCUGUCAGAGUGACCAUCGGGUUCUUGGUCAAUUUCUUCGACCUCAUGGCUUGGUUUUUGCUUUGACAUGCAUGGUCAACUGUGGGACCUUAUAUAGACAGGUGUGUACCUUUCAAAAUCAUGUCCAAUCAAUUUAAUUUACCACAGGUGAACUCCAAUCAAGUAGAAACAUCUCAAGGAUGAUCAAUGGAAACAGAAUGCACCUGAGCUCAAUUUCGAGUCUCAUAGCAAAGGGUCUGAAUACUUAUGUAAAUAAUUUUUACAAAUUUGCAAACACUUCUAAAACCCUGUUUUCACUUUGUUAUUAUGGGAUAUUGUAUGUAGAUUGAUGAGGAUUUUUAUUUAUUUAAUCCACUUUAGAAUACGGCUGUAACGUAACAAAAUGUGGAAAAAGUCAAGGGGUCUGAAUAUUCUCAGAAUGCACUGUACAUGGACCCAGCAAAACAUGCCGCACCUUACAAUCCUUACGCCUACCCCCAGGUCUCCAGUGCUUACCCCCAGGCCCCCAAACUGUGUUAGCCAUCCCACCAGAACCACAAGCCAUUUUUCCCUAACAUUGCAUCAAUUGUCAAACAGUAUGUUUCCUACUAUAGUCUACAUUGCAUGCCAUAAUGAACCUAGAAGUAACUAACUUUUGUGUCUGGCUAUGUUUUUUUGUUUUGUUUAUGUUUUAAACUAGAGAGUGGUUCCUGAAUGGGAAUUACCUCAUCAUCAUCGUCAGUGUGUGCAUCAUCCUCCCACUUGCCCUGAUGAGACAACUGGGUAUGUGACUGACCUCACCAUGACCUUUGACCUUUCCUCAUGGCUGCUAAUGACCUCAUUGGCUGUCUAUCAUUCAGUCAGCACCUCUUGAUUCAUAAAACAAAACAUUUGGAUUACUAUAGACAGUGCUCUGUUAAGGAUCUAUUUUAGGUCAGGAGCAGACGUGUUCUGGAAACCAAACAUUGUCAGCUGGGCUGAGGGAUGGUUGUUGUUUUUUUGUUGUAGUAACAAUUCUUGGUUGCGUCUUGCAGGGUAUUUGGGUUACACCAGUGGCUUCUCCCUCACCUGCAUGGUCUUCUUCCUUUCCUCGGUGAGUGACUUUCUGAUGAUGGAUGUGUAUACUGUAUUAUAUUACACUAUAUAUUAUACCAACAAUCACAGAUUUCAAUAUUAUAUUCUGAUGCGGCAUUUGUGAAAUUAAAUUCCUCCUGAUGAUUGGACUUCCAUUGUCCAUGCUCUUCUAUUGUCUGUUUUUAGUGAUUCUUUACCAUUGUUAAUGUGCUAAAUGUGUUAACAGCUUAGGGCAUGAGUCAUGACUAAAGACUAAAGACUGUGGUACUAAUGUGCCCUUGACAAUUUAUGAGGAGAUAUUUAUAUCUUGUGCCACUCCACCUCACAUGACAUUUCAUGUGAGCUCCUGUUUCCUAUACUCACUGCCAGCCAGGCCUUGUUGUACAAUGGUGAAAUUUGCUAACAACAUGGAUACGUAAACUUUCUGAAAUGGGUUAUUGUCUGAUUAUUAUGUCGACAUACAAGAGGGGGGGGGGGGGGGGCAACAUUAUAAAUUAACCACAUUCAUCCAAAUUAUUAUUUUAAUAUUGUAAUAUGUUAAAACUAUAGCUAAAAUGUUUGAUACUGUUCAAUGUUGCUUGAAUACUUGAGCACAAUCCUAGAUUACACUAGAUUACACUGUUGAUACAGUUCUGGGCAUUAACAAGUUACUUUUUAAAUGCCUUACUGCAGAAAGGUACAUUGUUCAUGUGACAAAUUCUAUCGUUGAACUUGAUUAAUUAGCAAAAGCAGAAGGAUGAAUGAGGCUUGGGACAGGAAUUCACAAGUUAACUAGAGAUAUGUCAUCAUGGUUGUCAGCUAUAGAGGAUCGAUCUGUUUCUGCUAACUCUGACCUCUCUCUCUCUCUCUCUCGCUCUCUCUCUCGCUCUCUCUCUCGCUCUCUCUCUCGCUCUCUCUCUAAGGUCAUAUACAAGAAGUUCAACAUCCCCUGCCCCCUGGUGCCAUAUGGCAGCAAUCACACAACAAUUAUCAACACCACCAUGGAGGAGGGACAGUGCAAAGGCAAAAUGUUCACCAUAAACCAGGAGGUUAGGGAAAUGGAGCGUUUACAGCACAGCUACACAAAUAUCAGUUAAAAUAUAUGUUUUAGUGUUUAUUCCACAUCAGCUCUGGUCUUAGGUUCUUACUGUGCUACGACCACAUAAGGUUAGGAGCUAUUUGCAGUUGGAGCACAUGUCAUUCAAUAUGCUAAUGACUUUGUGCAUCCAUGCACAUAUCAUGUUACGGCCAGGGCAACUGGUUGUCCAUGUGUAUUGAAGCAGAGCAGAACCAGCGUGGCACAAAUGUCCACACAGUCUUGUGAGUUUACUCAAGCACUCCUCGUGUGAUGCUGCUAAGUUAACUUACCCUUUAUAUGGUUUCCAGACGGCGUAUACCAUCCCCAUCUUGGCGUUCGCCUUUGUUUGUCACCCCGAGGUGCUUCCCAUCUACACUGAACUCAAAAAGUAAGUUGAUAAAACAAUAUGAACCCCCAAUUUGAUCCCUUCACAAGUCGCUCUGGAUAAGAGCGUCUGCUAAAUGACUAAAAUGUAAAUGUAAAUCACAAUGUUGAAAUGACAACCUUUAUGACAACCUUUAUCCUUCUUUACUGAUACUAAUUUGCAGUACAACACAUACACAUGUACCUACACCUGUUGGCUUUUGAUUAAAUCAAGGGACAUUUUUUAUGUAAUAAAUGGAACAUUAGUACUGUAAUCCCUCUACCUCAUUAAUAGAUUAAAAAAACUGCUUUCUUUUCCACCAAAGCGCAACCAAGAGGCGCAUGCAGGGUAUUGCUAAUGUGUCCAUCAUGGGCAUGUUCGUCAUGUACCUCCUCACAGCCAUCUUUGGUUACCUCACCUUCUACGGUAAGACCAGGGCUUCAAGAGGGCUUUAGUUGUAUAUACAGUUGAAGUUGGAAGUUUACAUACACCUUAGCCAAAUACAUUUAAACUCAGUUUUUCACAAUUCCUGACAUUUAAUCCUAGUAAAAAUUCCCUGUCUUACGUCAGUUAGGAUCCCCACUUUAUUUUAAGAAUGUGAAAUGUCAGAAUAAUAGUAGAGAGAAUGAUUUAUUUCAGCUUUUAUUUCUUUCAUCACAUUCCCAGUGGGUCAGAUGUUUACAUACACUCAAUUAUUAUUUGGUAGCAUUGCCUUUAAAUUGUUUAACUUGGGUCAAACGUUUCGGGUAGCCUUGCACAAGCUUCCCACAAUAAGUUGGGUGAAUUUUGGCCCAUUCCUCCUGACACAGCUGGUGUAACUGAGUCAGGUUUUAUGCCUCCUUGCUCGCUUAUGCCUCCUUGCUCGCACACGCUUUUUCAGUUCUGCCCACACAUUUUCUAUAGGAUUGAGGUCAGGGCUUUGUGAUGGCCACUCCAAUACCUUGACUUUGUUGUCUUUAAGCCAUUUUGCCACAACUUUGGAAGUAUGCUUGGGGUCAUUGUCCAUUUGGAAGACCCAUUUGCGACCAAGCUUUAACUUCCUGACUGAUGUCUUGAGAUGUUGCUUCAAUAUAUCCACAUAAUUUUCCUUCCUCAUGAUGCCAUCUAUUUUGUGAAGUGCACCAGUCCCUCCUGCAGCAAAGCACCCCCACAGCAUGAUGCUGCCUCCCCCGUGCUUCACAGUUGGGAUGGUGUUCUUCGGCUUGCAAGCAUUCCCCUUUUUCCUCUAAACAUAACAAUGGUCAUUAUGGCCAAACAGUUCUAUUUUUGUUUCAUCAGACCGGAGGACAUUUCUCCAAUAAGUACGAUCUUUGUUCCCAUGUGCAGUUGCAAACCGUAGUCUGUCUUUUUUAUGGCGGUUUUGGAGCAGUGGCUUCUUCCUUGCUGAGCGGCCUUUCAGGUUAUGUCGAUAUAGGACUUGUUUUACUGUGGAUAUAGAUACUUUUGUACCUGUUUCCUCCAGCAUCUUCACAAGGUCCUUUGCUGUUGUUCUGGGAUUUAUUUGCACUUUUCGCACCAAAGUACAUUCAUCUCUAGGAAACAGAACGCGUCUCCUUCCUGAGCGGUAUGACGGCUGCGUAGUCCCAUGGUGUUUAUACUUGCGUACUAUUGUUUGUACAGAUGAACGUGGUACCUUCAGGCGUUUGGAAAUUGCUCCUAAGAUUGAACCAGACUUGUGGAGGUCUACAAUUUUUAUUCAGAGGUCUUGGCUAAUUUCUUUUGAUUUUCCCAUGAUGUAAAGCAAAGAGGCACUGAGUUUGAAGGUAGGCCUUGAAAUACAUCCACAGGUACACCUCCAAUUGACUCAAAUUAUGUCAAUUAGCCUAUCCGAAGCUUCUAAAGCCAUUACAUCAUUUUCUGGAAUUUUCCAAGCUGUUUAAAGGCGGGAGUGGCCAUGCACAAAGUAGAUGUCCUAACUGACUUGUCAAAGCUAUAGUUUGUUAACAAGACAUUUGUGGAGUGGUUGAAAAACGUGUUUUAAUGACUCCAAUCUAAGUGUAUGUAAACUUCCGACUUCAACUGUACUCUACAGAAAAAAAUUAUGAUUUCAUCAUUUCAAAUGAUACUCAAUUUGUGGGUGUGUGUGUGUGUGCAUAUAAUAUUUAUGUAGUGAACACGGAAUCUGAGCUCCUGCACACCUACAGCAAAGUGGACCCUCUGGACACCCUGAUCCUGUGUGUGCGUGUGGCCGUGCUGGUGGCAGUCACCCUUACUGUCCCUGUGGUCCUCUUUCCUGUAAGAGCCUCCUCUCAUUAGCUGUAAAUACAUACUCUAAUUCAGUGUUUCCUGAACUGGGAACCACCCUGGGGGUCCGCGGAGGUACUACAGUGGGUCUGCGGCCAGAUCUCUUUUUAUUCUAAAUAAAUAUUGCUAGCAACAACAGAUUAAACACAUUUGGCUAAGGGUUCAGUGAAACAAGUUUAGAAGGGUGCAAUACAAUACAAUACACUGUAAUAUUAUUAAUCUACAAAAUAGGCUACCCUUAUACAGUGGGGAAAAAAGUAUUUAGUCAGCCACCAAUUGUGCAAGUUCUCCCACUUAAAAAGAUGAGAGAGGCCUGUAAUUUUCAUCAUAGGUACACGCCAACUAUGACAGACAAAUUGAGAAAAGAAAUUCCAGAAAAUCACAUUGUAGGAUUUUUUAUGAAUUUAUUUGCAAAUUAUGGUGGAAAAUAAGUAUUUGGUCACCUACAAACAAGCAAGAUUUCUGGCUCUCACAGACCUGUAACUUCUUCUUUAAGAGGCUCCUCUGUCUUCCACUCAUUACCUGUAUUAAUGGUACCUGUUUGAACUUGUUAUCAGUAUAAAAGACACCUGUCCACAACCUCAAACAGUCACACUCCAAACUCCACUAUGGCCAAGACCAAAGAGCUGUCAAAGGACACCAGAAACAAAAUUGUAGACCUGCACCAGGCUGGGAAGACUGAAUCUGCAAUAGGUAAGCAGCUUGGUUUGAAGAAAUCAACUGUGGGAGCAAUUAUUAGGAAAUGGAAGACAUACAAGACCACUGAUAAUCUCCCUCGAUCUGGGGCUCCACGCAAGAUCUCACCCCGUGGGGUCAAAAUGAUCACAAGAACGGUGAGCAAAAAUCCCAGAACCCCACGGGGGGACCUAGUGAAUGACCUGCAGAGAGCUGGGACCAAAGUAACAAAGCCUACCAUCAGUAACACACUACGCCGCCAGGGACUCAAAUCCUGCAGUGCCAGACGUGUCCCCCUGCUUAAGACAGUACAUGUCCAGGCCCGUCUGAAGUGUGCUAGAGUGCAUUUGGAUGAUCCAGAAGAGGAUUGGGAGAAUGUCAUAUGGUCAGAUGAAACCAAAAUAGAACUUUUUGGUAAAAACUCAACUCGUCGUGUUUGGAGGACAAAGAAUGCUGAGUUGCAUCCAAAGAACACCAUACCUACUGUGAAGCAUGGGGGUGGAAACAUCAUGCUUUGGGGCUGUUUUUCUGCAAAGGGACCAGGACGACUGAUCUGUGUAAAGGAAAGAAUGAAUGGGGCCAUGUAUCGUGAGAUUUUGAGUGAAAACCUCCUUCCAUCAGCAAGGGCAUUGAAGAUGAAACGUGGCUGGGUCUUUCAGCAUGACAAUGAUCCCAAACACACCGCCCGGGCAACGAAGGAGUGACUUCGUAAGAACCAUUUCAAGGUCCUGGAGUGGCCUAGCCAGGCUCCAGAUCUCAACCCCAUAGAAAAUCUUUGGAGGGAGUUGAAAGUCCGUGUUGCGCAGCGACAGCCCCAAAACAUCACUGCUCUAGAGGAGAUCUGCAUGGAGGAAUGGGCCAAAAUACCAGCAACAGUGUGUGAAAACCUUGUGAAGACUUACAGAAAACGUUUGACCUGUGUCAUUGCCAACAAAUGGUAUAUAACAAAGUAUUGAGAAACUUUUGUUAUUGACCAAAUACAUAUUUUGCACCAUAAUUUGCAAAUAAAUUCAUAAAAAAUCCUACAAUGUGAUUUUCUGGAUAUUUUUUUGGAAAAAAAAAAAUCUCAUUUUGUCUGUCAUAGUUGACGUGUACCUAUGAUGAAAAUUACAGGCCUCUCUCAUCUUUUUAAGUGGGAGAACUUGCACAAUUGGUGGCUGACUAAAUAUUUUCCCCCCCACUGUAUGCACAACAUGGCCUGGGAGGCUCACAGGGAUCCACAGUACUCCAUCAAUGAUCCAGUUUUCAACUCAAGUUUCUUGUAUUUCGUUUUAAAAAAUGUUGAACAUCAAUGCACUGCAAUUUAAGCUUUAAAACUGCAAAAUUGUCUCUCUGCCCCAUGGGGAAUAGAGGUAGAAUUGCAGGAAAUUACCUUGAAAACUGCUAACUGUUCUCUCCGAUGCAAAGAGGGUGCCUUUAAAAUGUUAUUUCCCAGGGCCCGAGGCUUGGUUAGUCCGGAAUGCUCUUUUUGGUUUUAAGGGGGUCCCUGAUGAAUUUGCUAUCACAAAAGAAGUCCCUGGCCCCAAAAAGUACUUAUUACUGUAUUUCUAAGGACGCUUCCAAUGGUUUGCAUUUCAAACAUUGUUUGCAUUUCAAAACCAACAUAGCCUAGAUACUGUAUAUAUCAAUUUCACUCUAAAUGUUAACCUACUGUGUCAUGCUUAGAAUAAUUGAUGCUGGGUUGUACAUCCUAUAAUCUCUGUUCAACCCGGAGUUGGUAUUGUAUGGAAUGUAAUUUCAUCAAUUGGGUCUUUUAUUUAGGUUGAUUGACUUUAAACAUACCUCAUAACUGACACUCGGCAGCCAUGUUUCAAGUUUCACUGUAGACACUCCUCUGAGUCCUCUCUGUUGUGUGUGGUUUCUCUCCAGAUUCGCAGAGCCAUUCUCCAGCUCCUGUUCCCAGAGAAACCCUUCCACUGGGCACGCCAUAUCACCAUCGCCCUGUGUCUCCUCUUCGUGGUCAACGUUCUUGUCAUCCUUGUGCCCAAUAUCCGAGACAUCUUUGGCAUCAUUGGUGAGACUCCGAAAAAAAGCACUUAUAUGCUCAUGAGUAUAGGCUACUACAGUUCUUGCCAUCCAGCCUCAGAUGCUCUUUCCCUCCAUACUCACCAAUCAACCAGACAUGCCAUGUCUCAUCAUCAUCCUUAACGCUACAGGAAAGACAGUUUACAUUACAUAUGCCUCAUACAAGAGUACUUACUCAUUGUCUCAUCUGGCUGUCCAGGGGCCACCACUGCACCUAGUCUGAUCUUCAUCCUCCCAGGAUUAUUCUACCUCCGCAUUGUUCCCACCGAACAAGAACCAAUGAAGUCAAGACCAAAGAUCACGGUAGGUUUUUACAUAACAUUCAUUUUCCUGCCAUUGUCUAGACACGUUUGUUAAAACUCUCCAUACAAUCCCCAGGUUUUCAGAGUGGGUGGGUGGUAUCACAAUGGGUUCUGGAAAGAACUUCCGAAAUCCGGCUUUGUAUCGAGAUUUAAAAAAACUUUAAUGACUUAAAGGUCAAUUCCAACAACUCUUUCUCUGGCUGGUUUCAGGCUGCCUGUUUUACAGCCAUGGGCUUCAUCUUCAUGUCUAUGAGCCUGACAUUCAUCAUCAUCGACUGGACGACCGGAGAGAAACGAGCUGGAGGUGGCCAUUAGAGCACAUCCAUUGAGGUAGGGGUCCAAACGCCACACAGCUGCACGCCUUGUCACCAUACCACUUCUCGAUCACGUCUGGAUUGUGAGAAAGAUCAAACACGGUUGAAAGGCUGGACCCAGAUCAUCAUGAGUCUUACCAUACCUGCGCCAUGGUAAGACCGUUUACCCACCAAUUCAAAUCAAAUGGACAUCCUACUCUUCCAUGGAGGCUAGUCUUUGAGGAACCCAGUGAUGUCACUUUCUUUGUGGAAGGAGUUCUAGUCAGAGAUGUCACCCAGGCAGUGUCAGAGGAGCUGAUGAGGGUGUUGCCCAUGGAAACCCCUAAACUACUACAUGCUGCGUGUGUCAAAAGCCAUUAAGCUAGUACCACGAAUGAAGAGCAUCUGGUGUAAAACAAAUGUGACAGAGAUAGAAGAAAAGGGGAGGGGUUCAUUUUCUCUAUGCAAAGAGACUUGAUAUCUUGAACAGUCAGGCUUCCCUUGCUACCCAACUGCCAAACAUUUCACCCCACUGUUGUUUCUCGAUCAAAUAUCAACAGUGGUUAAACCAGCUUUAAGGAUAAGAGAAGAAAAUGUUAUUCUAAAAUGGAUUUACUUUUAUGACAUUACACUAUCUGUGAACCCCUAGAUUUGGUUGUUGAACGUAAUUUCAGCUAAUUUCUGGAGGUAAUUGACUGGUAGUGUACAGUUUUUUUUCUCAGAAGCUGCAGACCAUUUAAAAACAAAAUGAGCCAAGAAUGAUAAAUCAAGCACUUUUCUGUAUGGUCUAACUAUUUAUAUUUGACCAUGUUGCUUGAUGCCAAAUAAUGAAUUUACUCACAUUUUCCAGUUAUCAAAUCAAAGUUUAUUGGUCACGUACACAGUUUUGCAGAUGUUAUCGCAGGUGCAGCGAAAUGCUUAUGCUUCUAGCUCCAACUAUGCAGCAAUAUCUAGCAGUACAAAUAAAUUGUUUGUUUUUUUGUAAUACUACUAGCCACUUAACAAUUGUAUUGGCUUUAGCAAGCCCAUAUAGGUUCCCCAACUCCUAAACUUAUAACUAGCUACCAAGAAGCCAUUUCAGGCUAUCAAUCAAAUUAGAUUAGCUAGCUUGUCUAACUAUCUUAACUGGUAUGCCUGCUGGCAAGGUUGGUAGACUUUAAAAAAGAAAGCAAUAACUAAUUGUACUGAAUAAGACUAACAUUCCUUUCCAUCUUUUACCCAGAUUUUAGCAGAGAUGCAGAGAAGCAUAUUUCGUUUCUAUACAGAAAGCUCAAGAGGUAUGCUUAGAUAUGCAGAAUAACAUCCAAUUCCCCCCCCCCCCCCCCCCCCCCCCCCCCCGCAUAGAAUAAAGCAUAAAUAUUAUGGUUCUAGAAUGCAGGAAAAAGCUGUUUCAGCUGUUUAAAAAAAUCAGAACGAGCAAUAUCAGAACGAGCAAUGUCAGAGUCCGGAACAUAAAUAUAUAUAUAUGUAUGUGAAUGGUGUGUAAAGACAGUAUGGACAGUAUAUGAAUAGAAAAAGUGUGUACAGCAGUAGUUAUAUAGGAUGAGCCAUGACUAGAAUACAGUAUAUACAUAUAAAGUGUAGAUACAUAUACAUACAUAAACAUAUAAAGUGGGUAAAACAGUAUUUAAACAUUUUCAAAUAGACCAGUGGUCAAUGACUCUAAGUGCAUAGGGCAGCAGUCUUUAAGGUGCAGGAGCAGUCAUUCUUUUCUGUAUCUCUAUAAGAAUAAUUCUGCAGAAUCAGUGUCUUCAAGUUAUUGCAAGUUUGGCUUUUAAAUAUGCUGGACAGUAUGGUUUCAAUUCGGUAUCCAUCUAGUCUUCACCACAAUAUUCUGAACAAUUAAAUCACACAUUUCUAAACAGAUCAAGAGAUCAAAACAACUGUGAAGUGAACCCAAAAUACUUUGAACAAUAUAAUUAUCAUACUUUCUUCAUUUGUGAAAAUGGUUUAUGCUGGUGCUAUGCAAAUAGGUGGGUUGUUCCAGGAAAAGCGUGCCUUGCGUCCCUUUGAUAUUUUUAAGUAGAAAUUAUGCACCAAUAUAGAAUUUUAAAAGCCUGUUAUAUUAAAUGAAGUGCUCUUUAAUAUAGACCACAUGGAGUGCCCUUUUCAUAUAGAUCACAUGGAGUGCCCUUUUAAUAUAGAUCACAUGGAGUGCCCUUUUAAUAUAGAUCACAUGGAGUGCCCUUUUAAUAUAGAUCACAUGGAGAAUUCAAUAAAUCAAAACAAAAUUAUAUGAAUAAAGACAUGUCCUUCCGUGAACCCUCUGUGACUUCUAGGAAGAUUUUAACCCACUUAACCCCAACAUUACUCCAAGUUUUCACUAUCAUUGUAAAGCCCUAGUUAUUUUGUUGCUUUGACAAAGAUAUGUCUGAAGAUUAUUAUUAAUUUAAUGUGAUUAGUGAUUCAUUUACGUCUGUCCCUCAUUUUAAGGUCAACCCUGUUACGUGAACUGAACUCUCGUUUAAAUAUGGUGAAACUAUUCCUUUUUAAAUAUUUUUUUCAAAAGAAACUUGUACAUCUAAUAGUCAAAUCAUAGUGUAAAAGCAGUUGAGCUGGUUCUACUCUUUUUGGCCAUUUUGUGGUGGAAAACUGAGCGGAUCCAGCAUAACACGUCAACCCUGUUACCCAUAGAUAGACAGACAUUCAAUUGCCACUUCCUGUUGCACACAACAAGCUUCCAUUCCCCCUGUCACGAGGGGAUUCAUGGCUGAUUUAAGAUAAAAUUAUCGACCCUGUUACGGUCAACCCUGUUACGGUCAAACCUGUUACUUUAUUUGGCACUUACUAUAGUCUUUUAAAACCUCUUGAGAUGGGAAAAGUUGUUUUUUUAUGAAGUUGAACAUGUGCUCUUUAUGACAGAAAUCAAACGUUUUUUUUGGACCAAGUUACACUUCUCAAAAGGCUCUGAAUUGGUGGAACGACCCAGGUAAUCUGCCAUAAUUUCUAUGCAUACUUGACAUCCGACAAAGCGAUGAGGCAAAAAUGAAGAAGCGAGUGCCAUAAAAACUGAAUGAUGACGUUCAGCUGUGUCUUAUUUGACAAAUACAGUACACCCAGCACAUCGGGAACAUUCCCAGGACAUUAGCUAACAUUCCCAUUCAUUUCUAGUUAGGGUUUUACAUAACAUUAGGAUGAUAACAUCCUAAAAAUGUUAUGAAAUAUAAUUGGAAUGUUUUCCUAAUAUUCACUAAAAUGUUGUUCACAACAUCUGUAGCAACCACCACAGAGCAUUCUCCUUUGGUUCUUAUUAGGUUUCCAGGUAGUGUAAUAACAAAAUGUGUUCUUGCAACAUCAGGGGAAUGUUUUAUACAAAUAUAUAAUCAUGACAACACAACUGGAUAGCACAACUGGAUAGUUUUAGUGUCAUUAGAACUUUUGGGGCAACCCAAUGAAUGUUCUGGGAAUGUUCACAGAACCAGUUUUGGUUUGCUGGGCAGUCUGUCCAGAUAGUCAGUCAUACAAUGCAGCAUGUGCCAAGUCCCUGAUUGCAAUGAUUUGUAUAAUGGAGACUUAGGUAAAACUAUUGAAUAAGGUCAAAUAUUGUGGAGCAUGAGGAGCCCAUUUGGGCGGCUGAAUGCAUGUUUAGGAAGGACAAGGCUGAGUGUCUUGGAGACAUUGUUACAAAAAGGUGCUAGCUUUUUGUAAUGGCACCAGCCUACUGUCUGUUGCUAAGCACAUUUUGUGUUUGACAUGGCACUAUUGUCAAUAAUAUUCUAUUUUCAAUAAAUAUGAAUGGUUGUCAAUAUUUAUCGAGAAAUGUCUUUACUGUGAUCCGCAUGCUAUGUGUCUUUUACUUUUCACAACAUUCACAAAUUAUUG